GUCAAGAAUAAAUUUUCGACGGACGGAAGUACAAUGGACGGAUUCUAGAACAGCCUUAUUUUCGGUGCCGUUUUGCGGAUUUGGAUUCACGUUCGAAAUUCGGUCCGGCCCCAAAAACAUAAACCACCACUUCUGCUUUUUCACCCCUUCCCGACGUUUUGGUGUUUUUUCGGUUCAGUUCGUUACGAAACCGAUUUCGUUUCGCGUUUUCACUUAUGACUUUGUAACAUGGCGGCGACGAGGAGAUUGCAAAAAGAACUGGGUGAUAUAAGGACAUCGGGCCUUAAAUCCUUUCGGGACAUCCAAGUUGAUGAGACCAACAUUUUAACAUGGCAAGGGUUGAUUGUGCCAGACAACCCACCAUAUAACAAAGGAGCCUUCAAGAUCGAGAUCAACUUCCCGGCCGAGUAUCCGUUCAAACCGCCGAAAAUCAAUUUCAAAACGAAAAUCUACCAUCCGAACAUCGACGAGAAGGGACAAGUGUGUUUACCGAUAAUCAGCGCUGAAAAUUGGAAACCAGCCACCAAAACAGAUCAAGUGAUCCAAGCGUUGGUGGCCUUAGUAAACGAUCCGGAGCCGGAACAUCCCUUGCGGGCGGACGUCGCCGAAGAGUUCCUCAAAGAUAAGAAGAAGUUUACGAAAAACGCGGAAGAAUACACGAAAAAGCACAGUGAAAAGAGACCAGCGGAUUAAACAAUAAAACAGACUGUUGAUUUUAUAGUUUAAUUUAUAUAAUUAUCGCAUUUGAUUUGGAAAAAUUAUUUUUGACACUUUUGCAAAUACAAGGUUAACCGGUAUCAUGUGAAAUUAUUGUUCAGUUUAUUAUUUAAUAUUAUGUGUUUGGUUGUUGUUGAACCGGUGCAUUAAGUUUAUUCGAAUUUCAGGCUAAUUGUACUGUUUAUAUGAUAGGUUUUCAUUAAAGUAUUUAUAAAAAGCCAUAAAA